AAAAAUAAUAAUAAAUAAAAAAACAGAUCAGAAAACUCGCAUCCGCAUCGUCUCUGGCAGCAGAUUGACCUGCAACAGAACUCCAAAGUCCAAACCCAUUGUCAUGACCUUUCUCCUUCCGAUCAUCAUCAGUCAACGCUACCAUGAUCAAUAACGAAGCCGCCGUUUCCACCACCACCACCACCGUCGCAGCACCGUCCACUUCUUCCUCUAACACCGCCGCUCAAUCUCUCGGUCUCAAAAACUUCUUCAAAACUCCCGAAGGUCGUUACAAGCUUCGUCACGAUAAAUCUCAUCCUUCUUCUCUUCUUCCCUACGCUCUCGCCAAAUCCAUCACGCAGAUAACUUUAGCAGACCUCAAGGAUCAACCUGUGCAAGCUGUAGCGAAUUUGCCUGCGUUGCAGCCUAGCUCAAGCUAUAGUGUUGCAAGUAGCGGAGUAAGAUAUGUGACAUCAAAAUUCUUAGGAAGCAGCGGCAAUGGCAGUCGAAUGCUUGGAUUCGUCGGAGGAAACGGAACCGGUAGUAAAACAAACGGUGGUGCUAGUAAGAGUGGCCAUGUGGGAGGGUUAAGUAAUGGUAGCAGUUCGACCGUUGGUUCGAAUACUUCGGAUGGUAAAGGCACUUAUUUGAUAUUCAAUGUAGGAGAUACUUUGUAUAUUACAGAACUCAAUUCCGAAGAAAAGGAUCCAAUAAAAUCGAUUAGUUUUGGUAACUCAAACCCUGUGUGUCAUGCAUUUGAUUCCAAAGCUAAAGACGGGCAUGACUUUCUUAUCGGGUUGAACACGGGUGAUGUAUACUCUGGAUCAUUGAGAUUGCAGUUGCAAGAUGUUGGUAAGAAGUUAGUUGGUGCACAUCAUUAUAACAAAGAUGGAGCCCUUAAUAACACUCGAUGCAUGGGUGUUGCAUGGAUACCUGAACGUGACGGUGCUUUUGUUGCUGCACAUGCUGAUGGCAACUUGUAUGUUUAUGAGAAGAGCAAAGACGGUUCUGUUGAGUCUUCAUUCCCUGUAAUCAAGGAUCAAACCCAGUUCUCUGUUGCACAUGCACGUUCUAGUAAGAGUAACCCUAUUGCUAGAUGGCAUAUCUGCCAAGGCCCUAUUAACGCAAUUGCAUUUUCAGCCGAUGGAAGAUAUUUAGCAACCGUUGGCAGAGAUGGUUAUUUACGGGUAUUUGAUUACUUAAAUGAACAAUUGAUAUGUGGGGGCAAAAGUUACUAUGGUGCUCUUCUUUGUUGUGCCUGGAGUUCUGAUGGAAAAUACAUUUUGACUGGUGGGGAAGACGAUCUGGUUCAGGUUUGGAGUAUGGAAGAUAGGAAAGUGGUAGCAUGGGGAGAGGGUCACAACUCAUGGGUUAGUGGAGUUGCUUUUGAUUCAUACUGGUCACCACCAACUUCAGAAGAUGAAUCUGAAAGUGCCGUAUAUAGAUUCGGCUCUGUUGGUCAGGAUACACAACUAUUGCUUUGGGACCUUGCAAUGGAUGAACUUGUAGUGCCACUUCGUCGUCCACCUGGUGGGUCCCCCACGUACAGUAGGGCCCACUCUUCUCACUGGGACAAUGUGGUCACCGUGGGUACCCUCCAACCGGCUCCCAGCACAAAAGACGUCCCUAAGCUCGCACCAUUGGUGGCUCACCGUGUUCAUUCUGAGCCUCUGUCUGCUCUAAUCUUCUCUCGUGAGUCUAUCCUCACGGCUAGCCGUGAUGGACAUGUAAAGAUUUGGACGAGGCCUGGAAAUUCAGAUGUUCAAGUCAGCGGUUCGGACACCCUUACACCCAUGAAAGCUGCCAGCUCGGUUUCCGGAUAGAGUGAUUUUUAAGAUUGGGGUCAUAGUGUUGAUUUUGUAAUUUGUGUUCCCAUAAUUUGUUCUCUUUUGGGUUGAUUUUAAUUGAUAUUGGCGUUUGGAUACCUUCCAACUAUAAUAUAGGUAAGUGGUGUUCAUAGUCCGGAUCGGACGGUUUUGAUGAAAGUUAUGGACGACUGUUUAACCA